GGAGAUUGUCAGGUCGGACUUCGUAAUGCGCAAGGUCUAAUCUGGGCUAAGAUUACCCAUGUGGCCGGAACGAUAGCAGUUCACCUCGAUUUGACACCUCAUACUACACUGUCAGGUCACGAAAGACACUAUAAGCGGGAAUGUUUCUUUGCGGAUAACGUUAAAUUACCCAAAGGCUACUAUGUUGGUCUGACUGGUCUUGCAAGUCCUAAUGAAGAACCCGAUAAUAUGGAUAUAUACGCAAUUGAUGUGAAAGAAAUCAAAGGACAUGCUGAAAAUCAAGCCGAUGUGGUUGAACAUGAUACACAGACUCACACACCCGCUGAUGACGUCGUGCUGGAAGGAACCGGUGGUCUAAAAGAUGAAGCCGCGAUGACCUUUGAAACUAUCAAUGCUCAAAGACAAUGGGCAGAGUCUGUCCAGAAGUUAACUAAUCGAUUAGAUCAACUAACGGAUUCUAAAUGGCCUACAGGAAAUGAUGAACAUAAAGGUUCAUCUUCAGCUAAAGAUCAUUUCCCUGAAGACCGUCUUGGUCAUAUAGAGAAACAGUUGGACACUCUUGUUCACAAACUGCCAGAACACUCGGUUGAGAAAUUGUUAGAAAAACUUGAAGCACUCGAACGUAGAUUAACAGAUCAUGAAACAUUCCUCUCAGUACAAAUUGAAGGAUUAAGACAUCUGAUUCUACACCCUCCAAGUUCUUCAUUCAAAGAUGAUGAUCAUUUCAAACCACUUUCAACACAACAUGAUGAUCCCUAUGCACCACCUCAAGGUUACGAACCACCACCAGUACCACAUACCGAAAUGCACAAUCGACCAACAGAACCCAAUUCACCUCCAAAACUCACAUGGCCUCAUGAAGAAUUUUUAAAUGGACAUCAUAAUCAACAUUCAGCUUCAAGAUCAUGGUGGAAUAUCUUAGGUUGGUUAACAGGUAUCAUACUUGCGAUAGCAGUAGUUUUGUUUGUGAUCAAAAAGAAACAGAAAGAUAAAAGUAAAUAUGCAGAAGAAGGAAGUUUUACAAAUUCACAUGGUACACGUGGUUCUAGUAUUUCAUUGGCUAUGGAUACGAUUGGACCUGCGAUGGGAUUUAGACAAAGAGGUAAAAAGAUGAUUUAAAGGGUUUUAAAGAUCUUAUGAGGAUUAAAAGUUGAUCAUGUUGUAUGAAAGUAUGAGUAAGAUUCGAAUGAUGAUGAUAAAGGAAUCAAAAGAAAAAUGCAUAGAAUAGGUAAAGAAGAAUGGUGUGAUUUUUUUUUGUUAUCCCAAUUGCAUUAGCUUUUCUUUGCUGUUCGUUCCCUUUCGUUACAAUAUGUUUUCGGUCUUUAGAAUGAUUAAACAAUGCAUUUCAUAGCAUUUUGAAGAACCU